CCAAUUGAUUGAAGGGAUUCGCUCGGGCAGGAUAAGUAGACAACGAUUAUGCAACGCAGCUGGCUGCUUUGUUAAAAGUUCGAAAUCAUGUCCCCGCCUGUUGACGAAUCGUUUGUGAACGAACAGCGAUUAUGAAACACAAAAGUGGAAGUCAAGGUGCAGAGCAGCAGGACGCCAGGAGCCGCACGUCCUGCAGCAGCAGCUGGCGCUGGAGUAGGAGGCGGUGCAGGAGCUGGAGCAGCUGCAGCGGCAACAAUUGCCAGGCGACGUACACUGAUGUCAAUGGCAAAAUGCCAUGGUAGAUCCAUGCUAAACGAUGAGCCAAAUGAGGCACAACAACAGCAGCAGCAGCAACAACAGCAACAGCAACAACAGCAACAACAGCAACAACAGCAACAACAACAACAACAACAACAACAAAACUAUUUACCUCAAACAUCUUUGCUGAAAAUCGAACCGUUUGUUCCUAGCUUCAAUCAACGUCUGCGCCGACGUCCUAUUGGUCGCUCCCACAGCACCCUGAGCCACAAUGUCAUUCAGAAGAGAGCGGCAGCUGCAGCCACCCAACCGCCCACUGAGCUGCUGGUGGGGCACGGCCAGUCGCAGCAGCAGCUGAAGCGCAGCUAUGCCGCAGCUGCUCAGCUGCGCAGUCAGCAGCGUUUGCAACGCGGCACCGUCGCACGACAAAGAUCCAAGUCCACCUCCUCCUCGGCUGCCUCCAACAGCUGUCGACCAGCAACAACUGCCGCAACUGCUCCGUCUGUUGGGGCUGUGGUCUCCGCUGCCACGCCGCACACUCUGGUGGGCAGCACGGGUGGCACGCUGGUGAGUGGUGCGAUUGUAACACCACAACCGAAUGGCAUCUGCCGCAUCCUACGGCUGCCCAAGGAGCGCGAAGAGCUGCCCGAUCGCAUCAACUACGAUCGAAGGGGUCUAACUGCCAUACCCAUAUUCGAGCAGGAGCCCAAUCUGCGGCUGCUCUCGCUUCAACACAAUCUGAUCAACACUUUUCACAUACCCAAGGAGCUGCCAGUGGCGCCUGCGCAGCAGCCAACGCCACGCGAGAGCCAGCCGACCAAUCAGAAUACAAACAACAAAGCGCCAUCGGAGCAACGUGCCGGACUGCGCGGACAUCAUCCAGGUGGACCCGCCCAUUCCCGUCUUACAAGAGCGUUGAGCCACGUGAGCAACACUCAGAACGCAACACGUCUGUCGCCCAAAUCUGGUAGCCCCUGCUCCGGCAGUCCGUUAACUGCCCAGGCGUUGGCUAUCAAUGGCUCGCAUCGCGUGAAGCUGGCCAAGCGCGGCUUCAACUAUGCCCAGGCUCAGCUGACGCCACCGCCAGCGCUGCGACUGCGACAUGGCUUGGAGAAGUCGAAGAGUUUCGUGUCGAACAGCCUGCAGGCCAUGAAGCAUCAGCAUCAGUUGAUGCAGCGCCGACAGCUGCUGAAGACUCAGGCAUUGCUGGCGGGCAGUCAGCAGCUGCAGAGCUGCGAGGAGAGCAGCGCCUUGAACAACAGCAAUCUCUCACUCAUAGGCGGCGAGGAGGAGGAGCCAGUCAGCGUGGCAUCCAGCUCGCAGCUAGAGCUGAGCAUCAAGAACAAACAAUUGAGCCUCAGCGCCAGCUAUGGCAUCAUCUUCCAUCAGCUCGUCUUCCUCGAUCUCUACGACAAUCAGAUCGAACGCAUUGCCAAUCUGGAUGGGCUGCCGGCUCUCUCUGUGCUGCUGCUUGGCAAGAAUCGGAUCACGGACAUUGGUGGCCUGUCGUCGCUGAAGUCCACGCUGCGGGUCUUGGAUCUGCAUGGCAAUAAGCUCACCACGCUGGGCAGCAGAAUCAACUGCCUCCAGCUGCUGAAAUCCCUCAAUCUGGCUGGCAAUCAAAUCAGGCAAAUCAAUCAGCAGGAUUUCCAGGGUCUGCGCAGCCUGCGGGAGUUGAACUUGAAGCGCAAUAAGCUGCGACGCAUCAAUGGCUUUCAGCAUUUGGUGGCGCUCGAAAGGCUCUGGCUGUGCCACAACGAGCUGCACAAGGUGGACGAUAUGGCGAGCAUUGCGCGUGCUGCUCGCCUCUUGGAGGUGACCAUUGAAAAUAACCCCGUCUCUCUGGCAGGCGAUUGUGUUUCGUUUUUGGUCUCGCAUUUGCCUUUGCUGCAAUCGCUCAGUCAGAUGCCCAUCACGGAGCAAGUGCGUCGCGCUGCUCUCGCCUGGCGGCAGCACAAGGAGCAGGCACAGGCGACGCACGGCAGCUCCGACGCCUAUCACAGCAGUCGGAGGGAGGAGGUCAUCUCGAAUGCGCGCACCAACUGGGAGCUGUUGCGCUCACAGCAAACGCUGGGCAGGCCCAAAGGCAAGCUAACCAGCGAGCUGGCCAAGAUCAAUGAAUCGAAUGAGGCGGCUGUAUCCGAGGAGCCGGAACAGGAGCAGCCGCAGCUGCAGCCUCGCGAUGAGCUGGCCGAGCUGCAGGCUCUGUUCAAGCUGCCACUUAUAACUGCACAAAAGCCUAAGCUGGAUGAGGAGGAUGCCUCCUCGGAGGCUUCUAGCCUGGGGCCCAAUGUGGACUCCUCUUCGAGCUGUUACAGCACGGAUAAUGAGGACCCAAGCCGACAGCAGAAAGCAGCAAUCGAUGAAAAUUCCAAUAAGCUACUUAGCCCAGCAGCUCUUGCUCCUCCAUCUCCUCAGCCUGCCUCGGCGCCUGUUGAUGGCGAGCGCCGGGCCUCGCCCACUCCUCCCGCUGUAAUACUGACUCCACAUGCCUCCAGCCCAUCUGUGAGUGCUGCUACGCCCACGCCCACGCCCCCGCCCCCGGCCACGCUGACGCCAACACCUCCGCCUACUACAGCAACACUGCCACUGCCAGCCUCCUCCACUUCCAGCUCAGCUGCCACUCGUCCAGGCAGCAGCAAGCAACGUCUGCGGCAGACGCCCAUCUCGCAGCAACAACUGGGCUUACAAUUGAAUCGAGGUGCCAAUCCGAGCAGCUGCAGACGUUAUAUGACUGGCAGCUUGGUACGCGCUCAGACCAUCAGCAGCAGCAGCGCCAGCAACAGCAGCAGCUCCAAUAGCGCAGGACGAGCGAAGCAAAGCAACAGCAACUCGCAUCAAUCUGGUAACAAUGUUGUCUCGCUGCCACAGAGCAAGGCGGGCACGACAGCUCCUGCUGCGACAGUCACGCCCGCCACAACGCCCACGCCCACACCGAAUACUGCCAUAACGGUAUCGAAGCCCAGCGCCGCGGAACGCGAGCGAGAGCAAGGCGGCGACUAUCUAAUCGAGAUCUGUGGCAGAUAUCUGAACAUCUAUGGCCAAGGAGCGCUGCGUUUCAUCGACAAGCAAUGGAAUCCAUCAAAGGCCAACGAUGUGCAUACGCUCAACUUUAGCUACAUCAAUUUCAAUAGCAUUGUCUGCAUGCUGGGCAGGAUUAAGAUACGCUUUCCGCAUGCCGAGCAUUUCGUUUUCAGGGAGACCAAUAUCAGUUCUCUAGGUCAGUUGAAUGCUUUGGCUGAGCUGCAAGGCUUAACUUCGCUGGUCAUCGAUGUCGAGGGCAACACCAUAACGAGUAAGCCCUCCUGGAGAGCUUAUACCAUUUAUAGACUCUCUCACUGGGGCCUGAAGCAGCUCAAUGGGCAGGAGGUCAGUGAGGCGGAGACAGAAGCAGCUAAUGCCAUGUACGCAGGACUUUCGAACUUGGUCUUGUGGUCAAUGCCUGAUGUCAUGCUGCAGCCGUUGCUGGCCCGACUGCGCCUGGACGAGAGCUGCACGGCCAGCAAGCUGUCGCCCAAGGAGUGGCUGCUGCGUGCCGAGAACAAAUCGUUACGCCUUGUCGUCGGCAAGGAGGCUCUGCAAUGGAAGAAGACAACAACCACAACAACGACCACUGGUGAUGGUGGUAUGACUGCCAUGACACCCAGUGUCAGAGAUCGCGGCAGACAGCACUUUGCGCUUAUGCUGGAAAACACCUGCAACGCUGUCGAGAAGCUGCACAAACUGGAGACGCUCUGGCCCAGCAUGUUGUUGGAUAUAGUUCGCAACACGUUGCUCGACUAUGCACAGCUGGAUGUCUAUCUGCGCAAUCUGAUGGCCGAGCUGAUGAAGUGAACUCUUACCAGUUAGACCAAUUCUG